UGCACCCAGUGGAGGUAAAGAGAACAAUCUCUAAGAGCAGGGGACAAACACACACUCCAGCACACACACACACACACAUAUACAGAUUAGCACAGGACCAUCAUACACACAAAACUCUCUUCCUGGGAUAUGAACACUCUCGUCCUCACCUGCCUCCUGUGCUCCGUCUUCAGUACUCCACUUGCUCGGGGAUCUGAUGCCACAUACUCCACUGAACUAGCCGGUGUGACCGGGGGUCCGGCCUCUGGGGAGGGCCUCCACAAUACGCUGAGCGACGAUGAGGAGCGGGACACAAACGAGGAAGUUUCAGGAGGAGACAACGAACAUUUCAGCCACACAAUGCUGCACGCCUCUAAAGAUGACAACAAGAAAGCGAAAGGCAAAGGCAAGAGGAGGAACAGGCACAAGAGCAAAAGCACGACCCCUAUCAACCCGGAGCACGCGGUCUUCACCAACGGGUACACGUCCACGGCCACCACCACCGAGGACCCCUGCACCUCCACCCACCUGGGCUUCUGCAUUCACGGCUACUGCAAGUACAUCGAGGGCCUGCAGGAGCCAGUGUGCAUAUGCAUGAAGGGUUACGACGGAGAGCGCUGUGGGAUCCAAACCCUGGAGACAAUUCAAACCCCGUCCAAUCCGAGCAGCAACACGGAGCUGGUGCAGACGGUCCUGGUGAUCAUCGCCGUGGUCCUGUCGGUCAUCAGCUGCACCGCCAUCCUGCUCAUGACCUGUGCUCAUUACAGGUCACAUAAGAACUUCCUGGCAUCCUACCUUGGGACUGGGACCGGCUCGGAGCAGGAGAAGCUGCAGAAACACGUCGGUGACGUUGUGGUGUGAGGGCAUCGAGUUACAACCAGUCAGCUGCACGAUUCAAAGAAGAAGCAGAACAGAGUCGGAGGACCAGAGGAUGCAGUAGUGUGAAUAGAUGGCUUCACUAGAUGCUGUGUAAAAACUUGUUAGAAUGUAAUUUAUUAGUGUGAUUAUUUAUUGCUAACAAUUGUAUGAGUGUUUGUGUGUUGGACUACUAUUAUUAUUAUUAUUAUAUCUUUUAUGUGUGAAUGCUGCGCAUUCAGCUAUUUAAUGUGUUGUAGGUUUGCUUUUAUUUAUUGCACUGCCAUUGUUACAGGUCAGAGAAACGCUCUUCAUCUCACUCUGGAAAAGGGAUGGAAUUUGAUCACCAAUAAAGUGUCUCAGUGUUA